AUGCAAUCAAAAAUCAAUUCUUUCUUCAAGCCCUCGUCUUCGUCUCCUAUCGCCGUGUCAGUAACACCAGAAACAGACGAUGAAUUAACCGCCUGGGAGAAUAAUCAGAACGUCAUCGUCAACACCUACGAGCGUCGUUCUGCCAAAGCCGAUAGAAGUGAAGUGAUUAAGGAACGCAAAGGACCUUCCUUUGCACCUAAAACACUCAACAAGAAGCGGAGCUAUACUAAAUUCCACUUAGAGCUGGGCCAAUCUGAUUUUCUUAUAAGACACUGCGUAGAGUGUGGAGCUACGUAUGCUCCUGGAGAAGAGUUAGAUGAGAAGAUCCAUCAAAGUUUUCACAAGGAGUACAUGAAUGGAAUCCCUUUUAAGGGUUGGCAGAACGAGAGAGUGUUUACGUCGCCUUGUUUUGACAAGAACCGUGUUGUUAUGGUGUUGGAAAAUGAUUCUUCUGCACACAGAAACAAGGUGCAAGAGGUUGUGAAGAUGAUGGAGGUUGAGCUAGGUGAGGACUGGAUUCUUCACAAACAUUGUAAGGUAGUUUAUCUAUUCGUUUCCUCUAAGAGGAUUUCUGGAUGUCUAGUUGCAGAACCAAUCAAGGAAGCAUUUAAGAUCGUAUCUUCUCUUGGAGAUGGGAGACAGCUUAAAAAAGAAAACCCUUUUCCUUCAACCUCCAUUCAGUUUGGAAACAUUGUGUUGCAAAGACAAGUAUCAAAGAGAUGGAAAAAAUCAGAUGGUAGAUUAGAUAACGAAGCCAUUGUAUGUGAAGAUGAAGCUAAACCGGCUGUUUGUGGAGUUAGAGCGAUUUGGGUCUCACCUUCCAACAGAAGAAAAGGCUUAGCUACACAAUUACUCGAUACAGCGAGGGAAAGCUUCAUCAAUGGGUGCGUUUUGGAGAAAAAUCAGUUGGCGUUUUCACAACCAAGCUCUCUGGGAAGAGCUUUUGGAUCUAAUUAUUUUGAAACUUCUACCUUCUUAGUUUACAAAGCCCAACUGUAUGUACCAGGCCCAACACUGUAGAAAGACCCAAUCAUAAGCAGAUUGAUUUGCCA